AUGGUUAUCUACCUACCCCUCCCUCCGGACAGGGAAAUUGAAGUCUUUGAGGAUUCAGUUCUCCAGCGAACCUAUCGUUUUACCAACCGGGAUAUGACUCGCGAGGCUCUUCAAGUCUGUGGUCCUUACAGUCGUCAAGGCAAUAAGGUCCUCGCAUUGGCCGGUGACGCACUUCUCCGCCAAAUUCUCGUCGACCAAGGCCGGGAGAGAGCUAAGACCCCAGAGGAGAUCCAGAAUGUCAUCACCCGGGUGGCCUCCAAUGAAAACCUGUUCAACCGGGGAAUCGCUGUAGGUCUUGACCGUUUCAUCGUCAAGAACCCCGGUCAGUGGGGCGUUAUGGCCGGGAAGAAUGUUAUGGCUACCGCCAUAGAGGCCAUAAUUGGUGCCGUCUAUUACGACUCCAACAAGAAUGCUCAUGACUGCGAAAGAGUUAUGGCUGCCCUCGGUCUCUGCUGGCCCGAGUGA